CGCAGACAUAUCCAUAUUGUACUGUAAAAUCAAUAAAUAAACCAAAUGCCUCUCUAUAGACGUCUAUUUACCAAGCUUGCUAGACCACCCCCAAUAACUAUGCGCGCUCUUAUCCAACCGAGUUCUGAGUCGAAAGAUCUCUCUCUUACAACGACACCCUUACCAGAAUCCAACCUGUCUGCAGGAGAACACCUAAUUCGUGUCCAUACUUGCGCCCCCUGCGCUGGUGAGCUCAUCUGGCCUAAGAACUUUCCUCCACCGAAGCCUCGCGAGUUGGUGCCAUGCCCCGACGUUUGCGGCACUGUCAUCUCUGCACCUACUGACUCUCCCUUCCAACCUGGCGAUGAGGUAUACGCUCGCACCAACUAUACUCGCCCGGGUAAUGCGCGUGAUUAUACUAUUGGCGUCACAGACGAACUUGCGCGUAAACCGAAAAAUUUGAGCUGGGCGGAAGCAGCUGCGGUACCGGUUUCAGCGGAGACUGCAUGGCAAAUCCUCUUCGUCCAUGCAGGUAUUUUCAAGGGGGAAGAAACAGACUUUCCUGCUGCACAGAAAUCUUGGAGUGGAAAAAGAGUGCUUGUCACAGCUGCAUCUGGCGGCGUUGGAAGUUGGGUCACGCAAUUGGCUACCCUGCUCGGAGCUGAGGUUGUAGGGACAUGUGGCCCUGAGAAUAUGGCUCUCGUGAAGUCUUUGGGCGCAAGUGAAGUCAUCAACUAUCGAACGACAAACUUACGUGAGUGGGCAGAGCAUCGGGGCAAGAAGGUAGAUGUCGUGAUCGAUUGUAUAGGCCGGAAGUCACUCGAGGAAGCUUGGUGGACUGUCAGGGAUGACGGGGUCGUUCUGAGUAUAUUCCAGCCGCCAAAUCAGGUUUGUCCAGGGGAUUAUAAGGGGCAAGGGGUAAAAGAUAUCUUUUUUGUGAUGGAGCCAAACAGUAAGCAGCUGGAACAGAUUACGAAGUUAGUUGAGGACGGCAAAUGUCGGCCAAUGGUGGAUAGUAUAUGGCCACUAGAACAGUUCGCAGAGGCAUUCAAGAGGCUUGACGGGGGACAUGCGAAAGGAAAGAUUGUUUUGGACUUGUCACUGAAUCAGUAGUUCUUUUGACUUAAUUUCAAUAAAAAAUAAGGUGAUCUUGGAGA